AUCGACCUCCUCUCCAUCCAUCGGCUCCAUAUCCAUUCAAAAAGGCAUCGAGCCACUUCGCUUCCCUCGAUCCAACCUUACUUUUUGGAUUUCUCCUUUUUUUUUUUUCCUUCCCUUCGAUCACGCAAGCAGGAGGAAAGUGUUCUAUGUUGGUACUUAGAUCGGCCUCUUUUCGCCCGAGAUGGCUGGUUUCGCUCGCUCCCGUUCGGGCCUCCCACUCCGCGGAUGGUAGCAUCAAAAGCAACCAGGUCUUUAAGCAACUCGGUUUGUACUCACUGAAGAAAAAGAUUGAAGAUGUUGUUAGUCAUGCAGACAUGAUAGCACCAACUGCAUUGGAAAUGGAAGAAGCAAGACGAAUUAAGAAGGAAGAAGUGCUUAGGAAGCAUAGUUUGUGGGAUGACUUGGCCAAAUCUGAUGAUUGCUUUACUUCCUUAGCUGAUUCUGUCAGACUUGUCAAUGGUCUCAAAGAUCUUCAAUAUAAGGCUGAAGAAGCAAAGUUGAUAAUGGAAUUGGCAGAGAUGGAUGUCAUUAGCCAUGAACUUUUUGAGCAGGCUUAUGCGGCUUCUUUAGAGGUUGACAGAUUCAUUGAAAGAUAUGAAGUAUCAAAGCUUCUUACUGAUCCAUAUGACAAGGAGGGAGCUUGCUUAAUUAUAAAAGCAGGGCCUGGGCACGUGUCUGAGGUAUGGGCAGAGAAACUAUUAAAAAUGUACACCAAUUGGGCUGAAAAACAUGGGUGCACAACUAAGAUAAUUGAAAGAUAUCAUUCUAAGGGUUCUACAACUGAAAUAGCAGUAGUAGAGUUUGAGUCAGAAUACAUGUAUGGCUAUCUUUCUGGAGAAAGAGGUGUUCACCAAAAAAUCUGCAGUUCUUUGGAUGGAUCUGCUGUGCCUAAGAUAUGUUCGGCUAUUGUGGAUGUUAUCCCUAUUUUCCUUGGAGGUUCAAUCAACAUGCCAAUUGAUGACAAAGAUCUUGAAAUUUCUUACUUAUCAUCUGAAAAACAGUAUGCACAUGACAAUAGAACAAAACCUGCAGUUAGUAUUCAUCAUAUUCCAAGUGGCAUAACUGUUCAAAGUUCAGGUGAAAGGAGCUCUUUUGCCAAUAUGACCAAGGCUCUAAACCGUUUGAGAGCAAAACUUCUUGUUGUAGAGAGAGAAUGUGCCGUGGAUGCAAACAAAACAGAGCGAGAGGCUGCUCGGAAUGAGAUGGUACAUGAGAGCAGGAGAUACAUUUUCCAUCCGCACAAAAUGGUCGAGGAUGUGGCGACUGGAAUCCAACUGGCCGACUUAAACUCGGUAUUAGAUGGCGACAUCGAACCACUUAUUAGAGCUCAUGUAAGUCAAAGAAGGGGCAGAGAAGUUGUGGGACCUGAUGAUGCCCUUUAACAUCAAAUCAAAGGCAAUUGAAAUGGAGAAUGUUCCAAGUUUGUUCAGAUGUAUUUAUUAUUUUUAUUAUAUGCUAAAAUUUAUGAAAAAAAAUUCUAUCGCAAAUUUAAUUGUGAAAUUGUAAAUGAACAUUUUCUUUUAAUAUUUGACAUCA